AUGCAGCUUCUGGUGGAAUCUGGGCAUCGGACCAUCGCGGUUCCGUGCUACUGGUACAGCCAGGGAUACCCCAUGGAGGAGCAGGCUCACGUUGGUUUGAGGACUCUUCGUCGGUGUUUGGAGAAGCUCCGAGCCUCUGUAGAUAGUGCAGUGCUGGUAGCUGGCACGACCCAGGAGCUUGAGCUGUACGAAAGUCUGCUGCCUCUGUAUUUCCCCCGGAAUGAAUUCGAGGCAAGGCACGCAGCCGCCGUACUUCCAGACAGUUGUUGGAACGAGUGGGGCGAGGUGAGUAUGGAAGAGCGACGUAUUCGCGUCUCAAACCACGUCCUGUCGAAUCGCCAAGAGGAUGAGGACAGUGACCUUGUCUUCGGCGAAGAGGAUCGAUCCUUUUUGCACGCCCGAGAGGAUGCAGAUUUUGCGGCGAUGCAGCGGUUGGAGGGCACCAUGAUCAGUGCUGAAACUGUUGAGGAGGCACGACAUAUUUGCUUCCGUUAUCUGCGAAGAGCCAGAGAAGUCCCGGCCGAGAGUGAGCCGAAGCGCUUUGUUUACAAUGGUGGCCCGGACUACUUUGGCCGCCACGUUGUGGUACUGCUUGGGGCACGCCUUCCCCCCCUCGGGGUUCAGGAUGAGCGAACCCUCCCACUGUUUGUCAAAGAGCUGGAGGCUGUUCAAAGCGAUAGUUUUAUCCUCCUUUACGUCAACAGUGAGGUCGAUGGCAUGGACACCACGGUGCUGGAGGCAUUGCAGGAGAUGCUUGCCGUUGUCAACGCAAAAUAUCGUCGGUCCAUGGCACAGCUUUUGGUUUUGCACCCUGGGCUUUGGUUCAGGGCUGCCUUUGCCCUUGGCCGUGCAGUGACCGAUGAAGCUGCCAGUGUUUGGCACGACAGUGUUUACUUGGAGUGUGUAGCGGAUCUCGCGUCCUUGCUGAGCCUCGACCAACUGUACUUGCCGGACUUCGUGAGGAUCAUGAUUGGUCUGGACUUCCGGACGGAAGAUGGUCGCCUGCUGGUGGAUGUGGACAGCUUCCUGGAGCGCUUCGAAAGCUAUGCUUUGCAGCGGUCCAUGGGUCAACAGCUCUAUGAGUAUGCGUUCCCUUGCACUUUUCUGGUCCCUUUCGUUGCUGAGCCGGUGGCUGUGAUCUUCCUAUUCUCCCGCACCUUCAUGCUGCUUAUCCGGAGCCACCCGGAGCUCAAGCUGCGGGAGAGCCGCGGCUGGCUGGCCGCCAUUCCUCUUGACCUUGGUCGCUACGCUGACUGUCUUGUGAAUGUCUUCUUGGCCGUGCUGGUGUUCUUCUUUCCUGGUGGCUACACCCAUUGGGUGUUUGGAUUGUUGGCUGUCAGCCAUGCUUACGUAUAUGCUUACGAUCAUUACAAGGUCUUGCGCGUGGUGCCACGAAUGGUCAUCCACUCUAUGAGCGUGGAUUUCUGCGCGCAGGCUCUCUUGGCUCCAGCCUGUGGAAUCUUGCUUGCCUGCUUGAUCUUCAAAGCCAACUGCAUCAAAGACUCUUGGUACUGCCUGGAGUCGUACCCACUGCUAUGGGUGUGCCUUUCGGGCUUCAUCUUGCACUGCGCGGUCCAUACGCUCAUCCUUUGGUUUGUGGUGCCCUUCUUUGCUCUGCAGCGUACUGAAGAACGAGUCUAUCGCCAAGAUGCUAAGAGCUUCAAAGAUGUGGCAGCAGAAGAGCCAUGCAGCUGGUUCACAGCAAAUCCCAUCCACUGCUUGCGAUCCAGACUGAUCUACAAGCAGUCUCCUCCUUGCAGCUUCUACAUGCCUGGAAUGGAGCACACGAUGGAGGUCAACGAGAGCAUCGGAUGCCACUUCACGGAGGUUGACAAGCCUGUGGAAGACGCCCAGAGCUACCUGCGAUUGCCAACCAUGCGGGACUUGAAGCACCUCGAUUGCAAUCUCCUGUCAAUGACCUACGCUCAAUGCUUGGGGGUGUCCUGGGUGAGCAUUACGAAGAUGAUGAAACCAAAGGUGACACAGGAGCCACGACCUGAGCAUGAACUGCCGCGCAAAAGGUUUGAUCUGCCAUGCACCCGGCCAAUGAAUCAAAUUCGCGGCUUCGAGACUGAGACAAAGGAAGCACAGCGAGCCGCGCGCACGCGCGAAUCGCUUCGUCAGCUGGGUGCCAAGAAGGAUCUCUUGAACUUGGACUCGUACCUGCUCGACAGGCCUGAAGCCGUGAAUAUGCCAGUGCUGUUCGACCAGGGAUCCCUUCUGCACGUUGCAGCCAUGCGAGGACACCAGGACAUGGUCCAGAUGCUGAUCCAUCAGCGUGGUGCAGACGUAGAAAGAACAAACUAUGCUCAGCAGACGUCGCUUCAUGCAGCCUGCGAUGGCAACUACGCCAACAUUGUCGUGGAUCUCCUUGCAGCUGGAGCCGAUGCAGACAAGCGCGAUGCGUUGCGCCAGACGCCUUUGCACCGUGCGGCGCACGUGGGGGCUGUGGAUUGUCUCCUGGCGCUGCUGGAGUAUGGUGCCAACUCAAAGCUCAGGGAUGAGGGCGGCCUGCUUCCAGUUCAUACUGCUGCCCUGCGUGGCAGGGACGAAGCUUUGCGGCUACUCAUUUCGCAGGACCCGACCUCCGCCAAUGCUGAAGCGGCAGAUGGCUGGACACCCUUGCAUUUCGCCAGUCACGGCGGUCAUGUCUCAGCCACAGAGGCUCUUCUGGAAUGUGGCGCCUAUGCGCAUUUGGUGGACAAGGAGCGGCGCACGGCGUUGCACUGCGCGGCGGCCUCGGGCUCUGAGGCCACGUGCUCGGCCCUGCUGCGCGUAGGUGCUGAGCUGGAGUGCCUCGACCAGUUGAAGAAGAUGCCGAUCCACAUUGCCUGUGAGGAAGGCUGCAUCCAAGUCGUGCGCUUUCUCCUCGAUGCUGGUAGCCCGUUCGACACGUUGGAUGGCCAGCGCAGGACCCCCCUCCUGAUCGCCACGCGUGCUGCCAAUCUGGAGCUUUGUGAGGUGCUCCUCAGCAUGGGUGCAGACCCAAAUGCUGGAGACAUGACGCGGGGAAUCCCCAGUGCCGUGGCGCUGGCUGGUAGAGGUACAAACCCUGCCCUCCGCAAUCUCAUCGAGGAGUAUGCACGCGCGGCUGCUGCAGCAGCCGCCAUGCCGCUGGGUGAAGCUGAGAAGGAGAAGCCUUCGGGCAACGAAUCCAAGGCCUCUCUGCCUGAAGCCUGA